UUUCCAAUACACACGACUUCACCUGAACGAAUUCCAAUCAUUUUCUUAAGUUAUUCUACAUUUGUUGUUGUUGGUGGGUUGGUUGUUUGUUAUUGUUACAGCUAAACAGAAAAUUUUGUUUAUCCAUUCAUAGAUAAGACUCGUAUGAAAGUCAGCAUAUCAAACGUGUUGUUUUGACCAUCAGACAGAAUUCAUUGAGGCAGAUUUUCUACAGCUAGAUGUCCUUCCUGACACCAACUUCACCAGUUUUCUAUCAACUGAGAUGCUUUCCUGUUGUUGGACAUGCUUCCAUGAAAGAAUGAAAAUGAGAGACGCUGGUUCUAUGAUGGUGAGGUUCAUUUUCAACUAUCAUGCAAUGUCAAGACAAGGAGACACAAACAACAGGUUCCUUUCAUGGCUGGCUGUAUGAUGAAAUAUUGUGACAGUGAACUAGAAAGAUCUAAAAAAAUGAAGAUUGUUUUUUCUUUUUUUUAUUUGAUUCUACUACACUCUUAUUAUUAUUAUCAGCAGCAGCACCACUGAAACCUGGGAUUUUAGAUUUGUGCUGAAUGUGUUACUUCCCUUCAAGCUAACUUAUGUUUGGUUGUUUCUCUGUGCAUAUUAAACAGCCUAAGACCAUCCAAGUCGAUAAGAUGACAAACAAAAGUUGUUUUUUUAAUACAGUAUGCAGGCAAGAUAUUGCAACUGAGAAAUGCUAGUUGUGUCAAGGAAGUAUAAUAGGUUUUUAAUUUAUUGUAAAAUAUUUCAAAUCUGAGAUGAUGUAUUCAUUUGGUUUCAGGUAUUUGUUUUAAUAAGAGCAAGAAAGUAAAACAGGCAACUUGCUGCUUUAGCGAUCAAAAUAUCUGAGAAGUCCAUUGAAUAAAGUUUGUGUAAUGUUCUAGAACAAAUUUGAUGGCCAUCAUGGAAGAAAAUGUUAGUAUUGAAGACAAAACUGAUACAAAACCAAUAUUAUGUGAUGGAAUAGUUUCAGCUCUUUCUGAGCCAAACCACUGUGCCAAAAUCUUGUUUGAUACUAAUGAUGUAAAACCAGACAUUUGUAAAAUAUCAUCCACUUCUCAAAGUUUCAAAGUGAAAUCACAUACUAAAGAUCACCACAAUAAUCAGAAAGGUUUUUUUUGCAAGAUAUGUGAUAAAAACUGUUCCACAUCAUCUGGACUCAAAAUUCAUUUAAGGAAACACACUGGUGAGAAGCCAUUCCAUUGCCUGAUUUGUGAGAAAAGCUUUGCAACAAGUUUUGUUUUGAAGAAACACAUUAGGACCCACACUGGAGAAAAACCAUUCCACUGUGAGGUAUGCAGCAAAAACUUUUCCACACGAUCAGGUCUCAAAGAACACCAUAGAACUCAUACAGGAGAAAGACCCUACCAUUGUGAUGUGUGUGGGAAAAACUUCUCACACCAUUAUACAUUGAAAGUACAUUUAAGUUCACACUCCGGGGAGAAACUAUUUCAGUGUAAUCUCUGUGGUAAAAGAUUUUCAACUAAUUCCAAACUAAAGAUGCAUAUUCGAAUACACACGGGAGAGAAACCUUAUUCCUGCAGUUUGUGUGGUCACGGUUUCUCUACUAAUUCUAAGUUAAAGGUUCAUGUAAGAAUUCACACUGGAGAAAAACCAUUCCAGUGUGAGAUAUGUGGCAGAAAUGUUUCUACCAAUUCUGAGUUGAAAAAACAUGCAAGAAUACACACUGGUGAGAAACCAUUCCAUUGUGAGGUAUGCAGUAAAAAUUUCUUAUCCAGUUCUGAACUCAAAGUUCAUACAAGAACUCAUACUGGAGAAAAACCAUUCCAUUGUGAAAUAUGUAGUAAAGAUGUCUCCACCAGCUCAGGACUAAGGGAACAUAUGAAAACACAUACAGGUGAGAAACCAUUUCAUUGUGAUGUAUGUGGUAAAAGUUUUUCUCAACGCUUUAAACUGAAAUUGCACUCAGCUACACAUACUGGUGAGAAAUUCUUCCCUUGUAGUGUAUGUGACAGAAAAUUCUCAACUAAUUUUGAUCUGAAAAUGCAUACAAGGAUUCAUACUGGCGAAAAGCCUUUUUGCUGUGAGGUGUGUGGUAAAGGCUUUUCAGCUAGGUAUAAAGUGAAAGUACAUUCUAGAAUUCAUACUGGAGAGAAACCAUUCCAUUGUGAAAUCUGUGGUAAAAAUGUUUCCACUAGUUCCGAACUGAAAGUACAUAUCAGGAGACACACUGGAGAGAAGCCUUUCCAUUGUGAUAUAUGUGGUAAAGAUUUUUCAAUUAGUUCAGAACUAAAAGUACAUAAGAGAACUCAUAGUGGAGAAAAACCGUUUAUUUGUGAAAUAUGCACGAAAAGCUUUUCUACAAGUUGUGGCUUAAAGGUACAUAUCAGAACACAUACAGGAGAAAGACCGUUUCAUUGUGAUAUCUGUAGUAAAGGUUUUUCCUUGUGUUCAUAUCUGAAAAAACAUGUUAAAACCCAUACCGGGGAAAAACCAUUUCAUUGUGAUAUUUGUGGUAAAAAAUUCUCCUCAAACAUUGGACUAAAGGGACAUGCUAGACUUCACAGUGGAGAAAAACCUUUUUACUGUGAUACAUGUGACAAGAGGUUUUCUUAUUAUAAUUCAUUACAGAUACAUAUGAAGAGACAUCGUAAUGUUAUUAACAAUACUUCGUGAUUGUAUCUGUUGUCUGUCUUGAUUGAUUUUUACAACAAUCUUAAUAGAAAUGUAGGAAAGAAUGAAAAUUUUUUUAUUUAAAUUAAUAUGAUGACAUUAACUUCCCUUUUAUGGAUCAUGUUACUGUCUUAUUGUUUUCAUUGUAUCUACCUCAUUUAGAUCUUUGACCUAUAUUUUCUUGUAUGUACCUCAUUUUGUUGACUACUGGGUCACAUUUCAAGUUAAGUAAUACAUGCAUUAGUUACUAAGUGGUUCACCCUGUUACUGAAACAGUGAGCUGCACCAAUUCAUAGUACCUAUUAUAAUUGUUGCUAUGCAAUUCCACUCUUUUCUAUUAUCCCAGUUAACUCUGCUUUAGGGCACAUAUACAUAUUUACAUAACUUACAGCACAGUGGUAGCCUCGUAUGUUUCACAAUAAUCUUUUCCAGACUUCUGCACAUUUCUCUACACUAGAACCUUUCUAUACACUUUGUCAUAUAGUGUGGUACCUCCUUUACAACUGGGGCUGUAAGACACUCCCCGCCUUAUCUCAUUUCAGCUAGAUGGACUGCACUUCCACAUUGUACCUAUUUACAUUUAGGUUGACUGUACUUUCCUGUUGUACCUAUUUAAAAGUCAGAUGAACUGUAACUUUACGUGGUACCCCAUUUGCAGUUAAAUGGACUGGGCCAGCUGAAUUUCUUGAAUUGUGGACUCAAUACAGCACUGGUACUUGUAUUUCUUCAAUAGAUGUCCUCCCUACUGAGCAUCCAAGGGGCAGAGUCUAGAUCAGCUAGUUUUAUUACAUUCCAGCAAUCAACAUGAAGUCACCAUUAAUGAACUGUAGUCAUGUAUUCAGUUACCCACCAACAACAAAGGCCUGCCAUGGAACGUUGUAUUCAUGGCAGCAUGGAUGAAGACUUUUGUUGGAAUGUUGACUUUAAUGGACAAUGACAAUGAGUUGUGACUACAAACAGUGUCGUGGAAGUGGGACAGGAACUAGACUAUCUGCCCAUGGGUCAAAUGUUCAAAUCUGCUGCAACCAUUAUGUUAUGUUUCUUAGUAGAAAAUUAUAUUCUACAUGACUUCAGUUGUUUGUCAGUAAGAAUAGAUACCACACCAGGUCAAUCUGAGGAAUGUUUCCUAUGAUAAACUGGUGUCCUAAGCAAAGGGAGACUUAGUCUUCAUUCUCUACAUAAUGUUUCCGGACAUCAUCAUCAUUUAAUGUCUGUUUUCCAUGCUGGCAUGGGUUGGACUGUUUCACCAGAGCUCGCAACCUAGAGAGCUGCACUAGGUUCCAAUCUGAUUUGGCAUGGUUUCUACUGCUGGAUGCCCUUCCUAAUGCCAGCCACUUUACAGUGUGUGGUGGGUGCUACACUAUACUCUACAUCACUCUAGUUUCUCUGCUGUCCUAAAUACUAAAGAAUUUAUCACUCCUUCCAGUUCAUCUGGUGCCCUAACCACUGAGAGAUCACUUCCCACCCACCCACUCCAAUUCAUUUGCUAUUCUUACUCUUAAAAAUUUAUUACUCCUCUACUGCUAGUAUCUGUUGACAGAACACUAUGUUUUCUAUUAUUUCAUUUAUGUGUCAGUAGAAAACUGUGCCACCAGAUCACCUGGGGAAUGUUAUUCCCCAGGUAAAUCAUCCUAUGAAUGAUUUAGCUUUCAUUCAUUUAACAUACUAAAACAAGAGCUAUGUACCAAGCAUUCAUUAAAAUCUGAUGAAUACAGGUAUGGACAUGUGAUAUACAAAUAGUGAGUCAAAAGAUACUCUCUGCUAUCAUGGAGGGCUCCCAUAGAGAGAAAGACAUGGUAGAAUCAAAUCUCAGAAUGUUGAGCCUCUUGAAUGAAAUGGCAAAAGGUAAAUGACAGUAUGUUAUGUGGCAAACUUGUGCAAUCCAUACCAGCAUUGAAACUGACUUUUAACCUUUUAGCAUUUAAAAUAGACAGAUCCAGCCAAAUAUUUUACUUGUUUUAUGUUCAAAUCAACCAGAGCUGACCUCUCACACCAACCCUACGAUGUCAUUCUAAAAAUAGUCAAAUCGUCCAACCCAUGCCAGCAUGGAAAGCGGACGAUAAAUGAUGAUGAUGAUAAUGACAUUGGAAUUUGAGGUUAUGAGAUAAUGCAUGGUUGUUCAAGACUAUCUGAAUAGAUAAGCAUUACACUUUACAGAGUAAUCUAAAUGCUAAAGAGUUAAAACAAUGAUAAAAUAGAAACAUACCAGACUGAGGAAACAGAUUUCUUAAAAAUUGGUUUAUGUUAUUAUUUUGUUUGUUCAUUUGUUUUACAUCCAUUUUUCUAUGCUGGCAUGGGUAAGGCAAAUAUUUAUUAUUGGGGGAUUAUUCUACGACUGGAUUCCUUUUCUAUCACUAACCCCUCUUAACAUGACAUGUUAACAUCACCAAUUUUGCUCAAAUGGCUUCAUGUGAAGAUGCGGAAUGUAAACAAUCACACAUGCACACACAUGUAUAUACGUGUGUGUGUGAAAUCUUUACACUUUUUUGAAAUCUAGUGUCGCUCAAUCUUUUUAUUAUUUUACAAAUCAUUCAAACAACCUACGUAAUCUAUUAAUGAACAAACCAGCAGGUAAAUCAUGUGCAGAACUGUUUCACAUUCACAGAAAGGUGAUUCCACAUUAUAACCACAAUAUAAUUUAGUGCCUCUGAUUUGGCUAAAUCCACUACAGAGUCAAUUUUCAAG